AUGUUCGUGAAAUAUUCUAAUUUUGUUGGUGCAAAAAGUGAACCCUGGUUAAAUUAUCACAUUGCACUCGCCACUCAGAUGCCACGCAAAAGAAAGUCUUUUAUCGAAAAGUAUUACAAAUUUGCGCUCAAAAAUAAUCCAAAAACUAAUUGUGUGCGUAUAUCGCUACCACUCACAAUAAAAUGCACGUUCUGCAGUACUUUUGCAUUCAAGGGCUCAAAACAUAACGCUUUAAAGAAGAAGUCCGGAACGCAGAUGGGUGCUGACAGCUUCUUAUUUUUCAUCCGAUGCCACAAAUGCAACAAUGAAAUGAUGAUACAGACCAAUCCACUGCAGGGCAGUUAUACCGAAUACGGGGGCUGCAGAUCAUUAAAUGAAGAGAAUAGAAGCGAAAAGGAUGUGGAGAAGUCAUAUAAUACACCGAGUGCAAGUUCGGUGAUAGAGAAGCUCAAAACUAGCAAAAGAUUGGAGGACGUCGAAGAAGAAAUAAUGGCACAGCUAAGGCGAUGAACUAUGACAAGUGCAUGAUA